AACCGCUAACUGCCGCGCAGUUUAAACCUGAAUCCUGGUCUCGGCGGAUUGUCGCGCUUCCCUGGCAAGUGAGGGCACCCCCAGCUGAAGGGGUCGCCGGUCGGCGCGGACGAGGCCGGCCUGCGCGGCCAGCGAGGCCUGCGGAGCCCGAACCCUUCUCGGCAGCCACUCCCGGAGCCUCAGUCCUCGCCGCCGCGCGUGGGCUUGCAGGGCCGGGACGCGGAGCCCGGGCGCGGAGGGCGCGGAACCGGCUUCGGAUCGGGGCGGUAACCUCUGUUCUGACUUUGAGCUCCCAGCUGGGCGAGGGGUCGCCACUAGCUUUCAGAAAUGGAGUACCCAGGGAUAGAAGUUGACUCUGUUACCUCUGGAAUUAAGAGACGAGUGAAGGGCAGAAUUGCAAAGACAAAUUUGAAUGUUUCUCUUGCUUCAAAGAUCAAAGCAAAAAUAUUAAACAAUUCUUCUAUUUUCAAGAUCUCUCUAAAGCACAACAACAGAGCAUUAGCUCGGGCCCUUAGUAAAGAGAAAGAGAAUUCUCGAAGAAUUACUACCGAAAAGAUGCAAUUACAGAAAGAAGUAGAGAAACUGAAUUUUGAGAAUACCUUUCUUCGCUUAAAGUUAAAUAACUUGAAUAAGAAGCUCAUAGAGAUAGAAUCGCAUGUGAGCAAUGAUUUGUUAACUGCAGUUGAAAUGAGCAGUCUUUCUGAGUUCCAUCAAGGUUCUUUUCUCCUGUCAGCUAACAAGAAACAAAGAAUCAGUAAACAGUGCAAGCCUGCACAUCUUCCAUAUGCAAGAGUUCUGUUAACUUCAGAAGAUGAUGAUGGUGGUGGUGGUGGUGCUGAUGAUAGAUGGAAUAUAAAGUGUAACAACAGAACUAUAUCAAAGACAUUACCUGAUAGUACCUCUUCGGUAUCAAGACAACCUUUAUCCUUACAUCAGGGUAAUUUGAAAGCAUUCCCUCCUAAAGAAGAUAAUCAGAAAACACGUGGUUCAGGUCAUUCAGACCAUACUUCAAGUGCUGACGUACCUCCUAAUGAGAGCCAUUGCCACUCAGAUCAAAGUCCUAAGAGUUCUCCGAGUGAGAUGAAAACUGCUUCAUCUCCCAGCCUCAGAAGGGAAAAAUUAUCCCGUGAUAAUGUGACUAUGAGGAAGAAGUGUGUAUCCUCAACUCCAGACAUUCUGUUUGUGAAAGAUUUAGAUCACCAACCAACUUCAAGUCCAGGAUCAAAUUGCAAUAAUGAGAUAAAUGGUCAUACUAAUGAAACCAGUAACAGUACGCAAAGAAAUACCGAGUGUUUUCUUGACUUACCUUCUGAGUCUUCUUCCAGUGACCCUGAUGCAAAGCGCGUGGAGCAAGUGCAGAACACUGAUGACUUUCACUUCCAGAAAACCGUGUAUGAAGCCACUGACAUGGAGUUAACUGCUACUAACGUAGGCAAGAUUGUAACAGUUUCAAAAAGCAAGAAAAAUCAAAACAAGAAAAAGGCAGAUUGUACAAAGGAGACUUUCAGAAAAGUGAAAGGUGCAAGCUCUGAUAAAAAGAGAGAAAACUCAAAGAGAAAAUAUAAAGAUGGCUCAAAACCAGGUGCUGAGGAAGAGGCUGAUGAAGCCAGACCAGAAAGAGGCUCUGGUGUCCUGGAUGGCAGAGGGGAUUCAGAAGAUCCAGACUGCAUUGCCAGUACUGAGCAGCCAUCUCAGGUGAACAUGCAGAAGAAACCAACCCCCCAGAACAGCUCAGAUCAGGAGAACAUUCAAAAUAGAAAGAGGAGGCAAACAUAUACGACAGACGAGCAAGAGGAAACAUGCCCUUUCUCCGGACAUUCCGUCAAAUCUCUUCAAGAUGGUAAAUUUGAUCUGUAUCAGAACACCCUACAUCAUAAUUUAAGUAAGCCUUCUCGAAAGACAUUUGUGAUUCAUAAAUCAGAAAAAGAUAACUUAUUUCCAAAUCAAGAAAAUAAAGACACCAUUUCUGAAAACCUAGAAGUUACAAAUGAAUUUCAUAUAGCUAAUCUUUCCAUCAAAGCUAAUGAAAAUGUAUGUGAUCAUAAGACUCAGACAAUGUUGGACUUGAAAAAGUCUGUCAAUGCUCAACAAAAUGAAACAAAAAUAAAUAAGACUAAGCAGAAAAUAAAUCGAAGGACAAAAGUAAUUUCUAUCAUGAACCAAAUAUCUGAAGACAAUGAUAAAGAUAUUCACGUCCUAGGAAAAGGCGGCUUUCCCUUUCAUACCCAAGCAAGUAAAGAAAUCACCAGUGGAAACCUAGAAGCUUCAAAAGAAUUUGAAACACCUCUUCUCUUCAAAAGAGACAAUGGAAGCUUACGUGACUAUAAGACCCAGAAUGUUCUGGAUCUGCACAAGCAAAUUACUGGUACUUACCCUGCUCAGAAUGAGUCCAAAAUUAGCCAGAACCCUAGGCAGAAAGUAAAUCGCAAGACAGAAGUAAUUUCUGGAGUGAAUUGUUUUAGUAAUGACCAAGGUGUUCACUGUUCAGAAAAGGAUAAGUCUUUGUUGCUACAAAAGGAUAAAGACGUCCCAGGAACUUUAAAAGACUUAAGUGAGUUUGAUACGCCUGCUUUUUGUAACAAAGAUAGUGCAAAGUCAUGUGAUUAUAAGUCUGAAAUGCUCUUGGGGUUGAAAAAACACAACCCUAAUAUGCAACCUGCAUGUCAAGAUGAUUCAAAAGUAGAUAAGAAACUUAGACAAAAGGUAAAUCGAAAAACAGAAAUAAUUUCUAAAAUCACCCAAAUACAUGAAAAUGAUAGUGAAAGUGCACAUGACUCAUUAAAUAAGAAACUCUGUCAGAAGGUUAAUAUAUCAAAAAUCAUUUCUCAAAUGAGCCAAAUAUAUGAGACUAUUAAUGAAAAUGGAAAUGGCUUUAAAAGCUCUACCAAAGAUUGCCAAGAUAUUAAAAGUUGUGACUUUGGGGAAAUCAACAGUAAUGAAAAGGAAAAUUGUGAUUUAAUUCAAGAUCCUUGCAUACUGGUUAAGAAAACAAAGAAAAAGGUGUUAUUUAAAGCAGGGAACAGUUUGACAGGAAAUAAAAACAGGUGUAGUUUGCAGUUAACAGAUUCUUCCCAGGUGUCUGUCACUGUAGACUCUGGCUUAAAACACUGUCCAAAUGAAGCAGCUUCUAGUCCUGGAGAGAGGACUAACCUGCCAAAGAUGCAGAAACAAAGCACUGCGAGGUCACCGGGAGAUGCCUUCUCUGUGAGCGUGGGAAAAGAGGGAAGCCACCCAGCCAAAGCAGUUCGUAAAAUGACAUCCAAACCGAAGAGAAAGACCCCUCUACGUUGUGCUUCUGAAACCCAUGGAACAGUGGAGAUGACACCCAACACUGACCUCACUGAGGCUGUUGACACCCAGACUGAGAAGGAGAACUAUUUGGAGAAUGAGAAAAUUGCCGAGAGUAAGCCGGAUUUUUGUACAAAGGUUUUGAAACCUUUAUCUGAGACAUGUUCAUCUAACAUAAAGAAUUCUUCCUUGGACAGUAUGUGUAAAAGUUCUCUACCUUUGAGUAUUUCUUCUAAAAAAAACCUGAUGCUGGAAGAAAGUUCUUCCCUGGAGAGUACAUGCAUCUUUCAAGUAGGUGGUGAUGCUCAUGAGAAGAUAAAGGAAAGCACUCAUAAUCCCCACCACAGAACACAAAAGUGGAGACCAGGUAGCAGAACGUCCCGGGUCUUGGUGGAUACCAGUUCUGUUUCAGAUACCAACCCUGCUAACCCCAAGAAUGAGUCAGAAGGGCAGUCGUCACACCCAAUGAGAAGAAAAAGACAGUGCACCCCUCUCAACCUGACAGAGCCAAACCUUAGAAGCAAGAUGAGGAGAUAAAGUCGAAGUGAAGUGGACACGGAUCCUGGUUUUCCCGACUUCUCAAAGCAUGAGUCAGAACAGAAGCACAAGAAGGACAUGAAACAAAGACAUAUUCGGUUGUUUGAGUUUUGUACUGAAGUGUUUGUUUUUGUUUUGUUUUUUGUUUUUUUGGCCUUUCUUAGAUUAUUGCUAGCUCUAUGUGCAUAAAAUAGCUAUAUCUUAGAUAAUAAACUUUUU